CCCAUUCUCAGAAUAUACAAACAGCCGUAAAAGAUGUCGGUGGAGCUGUUGAAAUGAAAUGUUCAGUUUUCAAUGCUAGCGGAGUUCCUGUCGCAUGGAUAAAAUUUGAUAAAGAAGAGCCCACUAAAACCUCUGUACUAUCGAUCGGAAAAAAACUUAUUGUUCGAAAUCCAAGAUUUUCAGUAGAAGUUGGAGUCGGAAAUAGUAGUUAUACAUAUAAAAUUCAGAAUAUACGUGACACAGAUGUAGCAUCCUAUCGUUGUGUAGUGAUGUGUGAUGUCGACGACGGUAUCAAUACGUCUGCAGAUAUUGAGUUGGAAGUGAAUCGGUCUCCAAGCAUUUUAAAACUUUCUUCGUCUCCGGCCACAUUAAUCGCGAGGGAAGGUCGACCGUCGAAACUAGAAUGUUAUGCCGACGGAUACCCUGAACCAAAGGUUACAUGGAGCCGACAAUUUAAUGGUUUUUUAACGACAGGAGGAAAGUUUUAUAGAGGUAAUGUCUUACUCUUUCCUAAUGUAAUAAAAGAUGACCGCGGAACUUAUUUUUGUGAUGCGGUGAAUAGUGAUGGCAAAGGUGUGCGGCACAUGGUUGAUUUCCGUGUAACAUUUGCCCCAGUGAUAAAAGUUUCGAAUAUUAUGUAUACUCAUAGAGAACUUUCAAAACCAAACAUGGAUGUCCAAUGCCUAGUAGAAGCUUAUCCUGCUCCGAAAAUUGAUUGGCUCUAUAACGGUGUUGUACUUUUCAACGAUAAAUACAAUAGAAUUGAGGGAAACACUACUGAUCACCAGUUCAGUUUUUCGAGUUUAAGUUUUUUUAAAUAUAAUGACGAUCAACACGGGAAAUACACAUGUAAAGCCCAGAACGAAAUUGGUACGGCUGAAGUCACAGUUAUUGAACGACCAUGCACACAAUCAAUUUGUGAUCCUAGACGAGUUCAUCAUAAAAAUUUACCAAAUUUUUAUGGAUUAACUCCUUAA